ACAACGAAAAACUCAUUCCUGAACAGAUCUUAGAGAGAAGAGUCAUGUGUUUGAACACUGGCCAUCCCUGCAACUGCUUGACUGACGGUAAUCCCUGUGAACCAUGUAGGAUGACGGCCAAAGACAGGGAGACGGAGGAGGCCCACCUUUCCAACAACAUCAAUGCACAGAGUCAAGCGGAGAGCACAUGUGAGCCUGACCUGACCAUCUCUUCCAGUGGAGUCGUGAGGGAGAGGGGCCGAAACUGGGGAUGGAUGCUGUCUGGGAUCAUUUGUGUAAACAUCUUGAUCCUGGGCUGUGCCUUGGCCAGUGGCAGUGCUCACAGUGAUAUAAACAUCAGAACCUCUGACCUUCAGAUUUACCUCAUCAUCCUCCUCCUCCUCACCUCCAUCUGGAUGAUUUAUUACAUCAUCUACACAGCAAGGAAAGAAAACGCUGUUGUUUACCAGGAUGCCCAUGCUGGACCGGUAUGGCUCAGGGGAGGACUGGUACUAUUUGGACUGCUCAGUAUUAUCAUGGACAUUUUCAAGAUAGCCGGCUAUGUGGGCUACCUCCACUGCAAAUCUGCUGUUAAGGUUGCAUUCCCUGUGGUGCAACUUGUUUUCAUAGUUGUACAGACAUACUUCAUGUGGAUCCAUGCCAAGGACUGUGUACAGAUACAAAAGAACAUUACACGCUGUGGGCUGAUGCUCACCCUCUCCACAAAUCUGGUUGUGUGGAUGACGGCGGUCACUGAGGAGUCCGUUCACCAAACAACCGUUCCCGACUAUCCGAGCAACAACACUAAACUCUCUGGACGAAGCCUGUACAUCAGUAAAGCAAGUUAUGGAGACAGUACGUGCAAGUGCAGCCACACUUCAUGUAGCAUCUUCAAGGAAGCCUACUACUACCUGUACCCCUUCAAUAUUGAGUACAGUCUCUUUGCCUCUGCCAUGGCCUAUGUCAUGUGGAAAAAUGUAAGUCGAGUAGCAGAUGAACAUGCCCACCACAGUAUGAAAUUCCAUCUGAAGGACGUAUUUCUCGGUCCUGUAACGGGAAUUCUCUUAGUGGUGGCAGGUCUGGCAACCUUCAUCGCAUAUGAGACGGAAAUGAAAAAAGAAAACAAUGAUUACAAGAAAGACAAGGCAGUGAUGAUGCACUUUGUCAUGAAUAUAGUCAUAGUGACCACGAUGUCCAUUUCCACCUUGAUUGGCUGCACUAUCUACAAGGUGGACCACAGGGAGCACGUAUCAGAGAAAAACCCCACACGCAGCCUGGAUGUGGGGCUGCUGGUGGGAGCCUCACUGGGACAAUUCAUCAUCAGCUAUUUCACCCUUGUAGCCAUGAUUGCAACAGGAGCCAAAGGCUACCUAAACAGGCUCAACCUGGCCUGGGCUAUCCUGAUGGUGAUCCAGCUCGGCCUUCAGAACUACUUCAUAAUUGAGGGUCUGCAUCGGGAGCCCUACCAUGAGGUGCACCCAGUCACUGUGGUGGCAAAUCCAUAUGUGCUGCAGCCAGGCAAAGACCUGAGCAGCCUUGAAGGAUCAGAUAUGGACACAAAGUCAAGCCCAGAACCCACAGAGCACAACCACCAUGGCCACACAGCUGAGCACAGACCGAAACUGUCCUGGAAGAGACGGGUGUUGAAGGAGGUCUGUGUUUUUCUGCUGCUGGGCAACAUCAUACUGUGGAUCAUGCCGGCAUUCGGUGCUCGUCCCCAGUUUGACCAUGACACUGAAACUAAAUUCUACAGCUUCAACAUUUGGGCUGCUGUUGUCAAUGUUGGACUUCCUUUUGGCAUCUUUUACCGCAUGCACUCAGUCGCCAGUCUGUUUGAGGUUUUUCUGACCUCAUAACACUGCAGCAGGACCAGAGGUGUCCAGCCAACUUUUUUGACAUAAAAUUGUAUAAAUUGUACUUGGUUUUGACAAUGCUUUGUUACUUCUCUAUGACUAAGCUGUUUUUUUCUCUCUGUUUUGAGGUGGGUAUUGACUUACGAAUAUCAUAACUUUGAUGUCUCUCAUUAUGUUAUAGCCUGUAUAUGUGACAGUGUAAAUGUACUAUAAAUGUUGUUUUCAGAAGGCAAAAAAAUAUAAAACAUUAUAAUAAUACUGAUGCUGAUCUUGUGCAAUUUUAUGCUUCAG